ACGCCCACUAUCCACUACCAGCAUGCACUGAUGAAAUACACUUCCCACAAUGCAACAACUACAACUCGCGCAUGGGUAAUAAUAAUAUUAGGGGAGAGUAGCGCAAGAAUUUUGCUUAAAAAGGAGGGAACGAAUUUUGGAUCGGGAAUUUUGGAGUCACCUGUGCUGCAUGUCAGGAUGAACAGACGUAAUUUUACACCUGGCGGAAGGAAAAAACCCGCAGUUAUGCCCGAUAAGGUGGACAUGUCCCUCGAUGACAUAAUUCGGUUGAAUAAAAAAGAGCAGCAGAUAAAAAGGAGAAGAGCCAACACGAACCAACGACCAGCCUGGAAGAAAGGUUCUGUAUCGCAAGGAAAGAGAGUUUGGCCCAGCAAUGGUGGCCCAUCAGUCCUAAGGGAUAUCACAAAAGUUAACAGUAUGAAACUUUUCGUUUGUGUCGCUGUCAAAAACCCCCAUAACUGUUAUUUAACUCCAACAGGUGGCGUAUUCAGAGGAGGAACACCUAAGCUUAGGACAGGAAGACUUCAGGUCAUGGCGGGUGUACGGCGAGGUCAAGGGGUCAUCACCGGGCUGGCAGCACGCAGGACGGCAGCCUUCUUCAGACGACCCAGUCAGAGAAGAAAACAGAAACCUCAGUCGUUCGUUCAACGCUCACAGCUGCCGUACAGGAAGGCAGACGUGCACAAGCAGCUGUACAGACAGCCAAAGCCACAGACGGGGGCACCAAACGGGAUAUCAGUCAAAAGACCAUUUCAACUGCGACGGCGACCUCUCCCUCCUGUGCAUGAGACGCAGAAAGAAGCCCGCCAGACCACAUUUCUUUAUAGAAGAGGACUGAAGGUGAUGGACGUGCAAGCUGUGGUUCAGAAGCUAAAUCCUCACACGCUACCCGUCAGAACUUGCCUGUGGCGCACAUCAACAAGCAGCAAUGGAAUGCUGACCGUAUCGAUAGACAACCCCGCAGCCAUGACUCAGCCUGAGCCUCCUUCUGCUUGGACUCUGCACCCACUGACUGCCAGCUCAGCCGCCAACAACACGGAAACGCUGGAGAAGAAAACACCCAAAGGCGUUCCUCUCCAAUUUGACAUCAACAGUGUGGGAAAACCGCAGACAUCCAUGACCUUGAACGAGAGAUUCCGUAUCCUUAAAGACCAGCGCACGGCCACAGCACAGAGGAGUAAAGGGAGUAGAUUUGUUGUUGUGGAUUAGCCUUCAAGAACUGCAGAAACGUUUUAACACAAAGAAGCUCCCUUUGUCCUCCCCGGUGGCACACCUGUUGACGCGCUGACUGGGACUGUUUCUCAGUAAUGGCUUGUUACAACUUGAGGGAAAAUGCACAAAACCCCAGUGAUGAUGAUUUUUGUUACUUUUAAUGUCUCCAACACAAUUGUCUUCUGUAUAGCACCCGUCACCUUUUUUUGUAAAGAAUGUUUUCAUAUAUUUUCCUCCUCCAGAAAUGUGAUUUUAGCUGCAAAUAAGAUUACAAGUGAAGUUAAAUGGUUUUCUCUUCAUAAACUGUGUAGCCUCAUGUGUAACCAAUUUUUAUCAACAGAUGUCAAAUGUUUAUCGGUUUAUUGUUUGCAACUGGUUACAUCAAAUCCCAAUAAAUACAAACAUUUUGGAAUUUGAAUA